UAUGAUAGUGUUUUUGAUUAUUGCUGUUGGUCUAAGGCUAAGGAUAUAGAUUUCAAAAUCGUUAUUGUAAUUGCGAAUUUGUUUUUUCAGGUCAUCCCAAGUUCAAUUGGGAAUUCUUUAACUAAAUAACAGACCAUGUGUUUGUAUUUGUGUGGAUGUGAUGUGAUUCGGCUUUGUCUUCCCUUAAACGAUCCAUGAACCACUUUUCAUACGUUAAAACCUAUUUCUCUCGUUCACUCUUCAACUUUUGCUCUCAACACGAUUUUCUUCUCUGUCAAUGUCACGUUUCACAGCUCACAUCAAAAUCUCACAAGAAUUCUAAUUCCCAAGUCAAUUUCAGACCACCCAAAUAAUUCACUCUGCAUUCGGUUGAGUCAUUUGAUGUUUAGAAGAGGUUCAAGUUUCCUGAGAAGUGAGAACAGUGGGAGGAAACAAGUGCAAAAAGCUCUACAUGCUUAGCUUGGUGAGGUCACCAAAAAUGGUCAACUUGCAGCGGUGGAGGACCUGCAAGCUCAACAUGUCUGUUUUGAACAGUAGCUCUGGAUUUCAGUAUGCUUUUAAUCAGGGUGACAGAAUCAGCUCAGAUGGCAAGCAUUACCUCAUACCAAAAUCACUUCCUUCAGAACCACCACUUUCACCGAUCCCCAACCCCCCUCUUCCAUCCCCACCACCAGAUCCCCCUGUGUCCACUCUUCACUAUAACCGCUUCCUCCACUUCCUCAAGACCCACUUGUCCCCACCCUUGACCUCUGACACACUCCUUCAUUUCCUCAAAUCCAAGCUCCACCGCCACCCUUCCUUCUCCCACUUUGACUUCCACCUCUUCAACUGGGCCUCCUCCAUUGAUUCCUUCCGCCACACCCAUUCCACCUUCCACUGGAUGGCUCACACCCUCACUACCACUCACCGCCUCCCACAACUCCGCUCCCUCCUUCGGUUUAUCGCCUCCAACCCUUGUCCUUGCUCCAACGGCAUCUUCUCUUGCCCUCAAACAGAACCCAUUUUCUGCAUUGCCAUUCACGCUUUCUCCAAAGCCUCCAAACUUGACGAUGCUGUUUUUGCCUUUCACACCAUGCGUAGGUUGAUUGAUGGAAAGCCUGGCAUCACUGUUUGCAAUAUCUUGAUUCAUGGGUUUGUCAAAUGUGGUCAGCAUGAUAGGGCUCUUCAGUUUUAUCAUGAGAUGAUGGUCAGGGAUAGAGUGAAGCCUGAUGUUUUCACCUUUAACAUUUUGAUUAGUAGUUAUUGUCGGCAUUCGCAGUUUGGUUUAGCACUGGACAUGUUUAACAAGAUGAGGGAAAUGGGGUGCUAUCCGAAUGUUGUUACUUUUAAUACAUUGAUUAAGGGGAUGUUUAGGGAUGGGAAGAUUGAAGAAGGGAUUGGGAUGGCUCAUGAAAUGGUUGAAUUGGGGUGUCAAUUUUCAUGUGUCACUUGUGAGAUUUUGGUUCAGGGACUUUGUGAGGGAGGGAGGUUUUUGCAGGCAUGUGAGCUUUUGGUGGAAUUCUCCAAAAGGAUGAUUUUGCCUAAAGGGUAUGAUUAUUUUGAGUUGGUGGAGGUUUUGUGUGGGAAAGGGAAUGCUGUUAGGGCAUUGCAGCUCAUUUAUGAGUUGUGGGACAGAGGAAGUGCUCCGAGCUUGAUUGCGUGUGCUGUCAUGAUUGAUGGUUUAAGAAGAUUGAGGAAGAUGGAAGAAGCUUGGAGGUUGGUGGAAAGAAUGCUUCAAGAGUGUAUGGUGCUGGAUGUGGUGACUUUCAAUUGUGUCCUUCAAGAUAUUUGCAAUUUGCAAAGAACUGAAGAAGCAAAUAAAUUGAGAUUGCUUGCUUCAAGUAAGGGUUUAAAACCAGACGGCAUGACAUUUAAAAUUUUGGUUAUGGGGUAUAUGGGAGAGGGAAAUCGAGAGGAAGGAGAGUCAGUGGUAAAUGAAAUGUUGGACAGGGGGUUUAUAUCUGAUCUUGCCUCAUAUAAUAAAUUGAUGGAUGGGUUAUUGCUUCGCCAACGUUCUAUAUGCCAUCAAGUGAACAAAUUUGAUCGCUGACAUUGCAAAUAUUUAAGAAUCAACUCGAAUUUUUAUUGAACUUGUGAACGGGCAGAGGUGAUUGUGGAAUGAUUAAGAACUGAACCGAUAAGGGAAUUGGAAAUGGGGAUGUGGAGGAUUGAACCCCCUGUAAUCACAGGUCUGCAGCUGCUUGAAAAAACCCGGGAACAAUAUCAUUUGAGCUAUGCUCCAUCCACUGUGUUAUAAGGGAAUGUCGAAGUUAACAGUCUAACCUAGUUAGGCAGCAGUGUUGUUCAGUACUUGGAUAAUUGCAGAACCUUUGUUGAGAUUGAAGGCAUCCGUAUUUGUGUUAUGUUUAUUCUUUUGUAUGGUCAAUUUAAUGGCUACUGUACUGUGUCAAAUUUUGAAGGUAUAUAGUUUCAUAAAUACUUGAUAGUUCUUAGUUGCUUU